AUGAAACAAUUUUUAGAUUUAGUUUUUAAUAAUGGUCAUUGUACUGGAAUGUCAAUAUUUCAUAGAGAUGGAAAAAAGAUAUGUAGUAGGAGUUUAGAUAUCUCAGAGGAGGAGAUUAUGGCAAUCAAACAAUUAUUCAAACAGAGAAAAUCAGUUCCCAUCAAAGGUUGUGUUUUAAAGAUACAAGGUGUACCACAUUUUGUGGUAGCUUCAAAACGUGGAUCAUUCUAUUUGUCUACCAAUCCUCAGACAUCGCUCAGUCUGCCAUCGGUCUAUGAAUCAUUUAAAAACAUAUUGUAUGAUUGCUACAUGUUGUUUGACAAGACUGACAAGACAUUCACCGACACUACCAUCGAUCCACAAGCCUACAAACAAUUACUAGACUCUGAGAAACCUGCUGCUACUGGACCAACUCCAACCACUGUACCUGUACUCGCCACCGAUACAAUAGACCAAACACUUUCAACUGCAUCUGCAUCAUCCAUCGAAGAAGCAAAGAUAAAGGUAGAGACACAACCAGGUAUUUUAAGAGAAUCAUGUUGUCUGAUUGAAAAGACAGAAACCAUGAUUAUCAUUGGAGUCAACAAUAACAUCCCCAUUGCCAACCGUGAAAAGGUUAAAGAGAUUACAUCUACAUUCUCUUCAAUCGGUCAAUUUGCAGAUGAUCUUCGUGGCUCUGAAUUAUUACAUCUUUAG